CGUCCGUGCCACCGCCGGCUCGAAGACGUUUGAAGUCAGCUAUGAGUAUGAUUUGAGCGGCUUUCUUCCUUAGCAGGUUCAGGUAGGGCUCUCCGCCGCCACCAGACUAGACGGACCCACCACCCAUGAUAUCGUCUCAUGUGAAUCAGUAAUUACAUUUGGAAGGAUCCUAUGCAACUACAUAAUUCUGGCACAGCCAGUACCUUGUCGUCUCCGCUGCCGCCAAGGGCCGCCCACUGCCCUCUGUCACUGUCUACUGGCAUCUUUCUCUCUCUCUCGAUUCUCCUCACCACCAUCGCCUGCUGCCUCGCCGCCACCGCCGCGAUGUUCCACCUUUCCGUACAAUCACAAUACAGGAGUUGAUCGGCGUCGUCGACUCCGGUGCGGCAGCCCGCCUCCUGAUAAAUGGUAGUUUAUGAACACAAGGUCCAAAGGUGAUGAAAAAUAAAAUUGUUACACAACACCAAAAAUAUUAAAUGGAUGAUGGAAGGAAUGAGUUGGUUGAGCAACUCGAACUACAAUUGACGGUGAUGCAACUUAAGUUGAGAGUUACAAUGGUCGAAAAAAAUAAAAGCUGCAAAGAUGACAAAUGUAGUGUGGUCCAUUAUUAAUUUGGAAUUGAGUUACAAUGGUUGAUAUUUUAUUGUAUGCAUGGCUCCUGUUUUAUGGCAUGUGAUGAAACAAUGAAGGAUCCACAAUUGUGUGUAUACACUCGGUAGAUAAGAUUUAUUUUGGAAUUUUAAUAAGAAAACAUGAAAAUGCACAUGUACUAGCUAGUAGUAUAAAUAGGAGCAAGAGAGCAAACAUUUAGUACUCACACUGAAAUAUAAUAUUAGUAUUUGAAAGCCAUGGCUUCUUCCUUCCCCCAAACCCUAAUUCCUCUUGUUUGUUCCAUCACCUUCCUCCUCGCCCUGGCAACCACGCCGGGCGAUGCGACCUCCCGCACUGGCCACACGUCCUCCUUCAACCAAAAGCCGCCGCCUUUGAACACCGAAAUCCUGGAAGGCGACGCCCACUACGUCACUGACAACAACGGGGUUGACUUCAUCCGCCUGACGAAAACCGACGAGUCGGGCAAGGCGCUCCAGUACAGUGCCGGGCGAGCCUACUACGGGAAACCGCUCAAUUUCUGGGGAGAGGGGAUGCAGAUCGACUUUGAAGCAACCAUGAAAUUCAAAAUCAACCCCAACAGCGGUGACAAUGACCCGGCCGACGGAUUCUGCUUCUUCAUCGAGCCCCUGGAGGCCCCUAUGGGUGCCAGCGGCGGCAGCUUCGGAGUGUUCGACUCGUCCGGCAAGAAGGACUCAACUUUCGCCGUCGAAUUCGACCCCUACAUAAACACAAAUGAUCCGAACUACCGCCAUGUUGGGAUCGACAUUGAAUCUACUGAUUCAGUAGUAACCAUGAAGCUCGGCGACGAGCUUAUCGGGAACGUGGUGACCGCCAAAAUCAAGUACACGGCAGCUACGACAAUGAUAAACGUUAAGGUCACCAUCGGCUCGAAGAAUUAUGAGAUGAGCUGUUUGAAAGACUUGAGUACCGUUCUUCCGCAGGUGGUUAAAUACGGAUUUUCCGCCGCCACCGGCGGCCAAGUCGCCGUUCACGACCUCAUAUCCUGGCAAUUCACCACUACCCCCAACACCGUGAAGGGCAGCCGCGGCAUUCGUCAAGUUGUGUGAUUAUAUAAUGUAUGCCGUGAAUAAGGACUAGCGAUCGAGCGAGUAUCCUCUCGUUAAGUCUAGAAAUUAAAUAAGAGCUUUAUGCUCAAUCCCUUGGCUAUGUUUUCAUGUAUAUCACCUCAUUAAAAAAAAGUUUUGAUUAUGUUUAUGAUUA